UAGAGCACACUUUUACAUUUGGCACGUUGUCUCAAAGUGUUUCGGUCUGCCGGAGGUGUGUUUAUGUCGAACAGUGGUCACCCAUCAGUUUUGUAAGGUUCACAUAUCGUAUCAAUAAAAUUAUCACGAAUGUGGACUUGCGCACACACGCGCGGUUACUCAAAGAGGGGCGACAUUGGGCGUGCAGGGUUUCCCCUUUUACAAUAGAACGUUAAGAAGAGACGGCUGCGCUUGCUUUAAAAACCUCUCCGUGUGUUGUAACCGUCAGUCUGCACUGCGUCACAUCGACAACCUGCACUGACCAGAGAGGUGAAGUAUGGUCAAACAACCCUCAUGACUGAAACUGCAUUGGAAGGACCUUCACCCAUCAAUGGAUUGACACGGAGCUGUACAUUAUUAUGAAUCAUAAAAAAAAGAAUUAUACUUUGAAUAAUUUAACAUUGCAUAGCCUGAGUCAAUCCACCGAUGUACUGAUAAGGGAUUGUACACAAUAAUUAUAAUGAUCUAACAAUGUUCAUUCCAUGCCAAUCCGUUGGGGUAUUUACGCCUUUUUAACAUUCAACAUCCUGACACUGGCGAACGGGUCUCAAUCAUUUUUACUCUCUUUAAUGGAUGAUUCAUAAUUUAUAGUGUGGAUGAGCGUCGUAGGGCGUUCCUAAACUCGCUUGAGGAAGUGUUCCGACCACUCAUCCUCGACUGGUGCUACUGACCACGCAGCAGAGGCUGCAGCAGCAGCAGCAAGACCAACAACAGCUACAGCAGCAGCUGAGAGAUGCUGUUCCCGGCAGGACCACUCACCGCCAGGGUGACGACUGCCCUGCUACUGAUGGGCACCUGGCUACAGGUGUGUCUCUCUCAAGCCCCGGAUCCCAGCAGCGGACAUCCCAACACCGACGAAGAGUUGCGAAGCUGGGGGGUGGAGCGCUUCCUCAAGCCGGGCCUGGCUGCCUCGGUGCUGCUGCUGGAACCCGAGCGUGGAGCUCUGUUCGUGGGGGCGCGUGGAGCCGUGCUGCGCCUCACGGCCGCCAACGUCAGCUUGAAUCCUAGCCUCGAGAUCUCUUGGGAUGUUGAAGAAUCCUCCAGGCAAUUAUGUAUCGGUAAAGGCAAGACGGUGGACGAGUGCCACAACCACGUGCGGGCGCUGCACCUCAACGGCUCGCGCCUGCUGGCCUGCGGCACCGGCGCCUUCAGCCCUUUGUGCGCGCACUUUGACCCUGACAAUGGCACAAAGCUCAGCACAGUGGAAAUGAUCAGCAAGUUCGUGUACGACCCCGCGAACCCAUGCAUAUCCGUGCUCAUCAAUAACAGCCUGUACUUGGCGACAAGCAAGGAUUUCCAGGCAAAGCAAAACAGCAUCUUCCGGGCAGAUGGAUCUCAUAGAAUGUUUAUGAUAGAGAAAAGCGCUGCUACCCUCAAUGAUCCCACCUUCGUGGCCUCGGAGGUGGUGGAGCCCGGCGAGGGAGGGGGCGGCCGCCACGUGUACUUCUUCUUCACCGAGACGGCCAUGGAGUACGACUACAUCUUCCAGCCGCGGGUGGCACGCGUCGCUCGCGUCUGCACGGACGACAAGGGGGGGCGCCACAUGCUGCAGAAUAAGUGGACCUCCUUCGUGAAGCUGCAGCUCGAGUGCUCAGUGGCCGACCUGCAGCUGCCGUUCAGCAUCCUGCACGACGUCUCCACCCUGCGUCCGCUGCGCUCCGGGGACAGGCGUGAAGACACGCGCUUCUACGCCCUGCUCUCCUUGCAGUGGGGAGCCCUCCCGUACUCGGCCGUCUGCGAGUACACGCUGAGCGACGUGGAGGAGGCCUUCGCUCGGCCGCCUAAAAGACCGUUCACCAUCGGGCCGGCAGGCUCCACCAGAACCGUCGCUCUGAGCCCCGGCACGUGCAUCACUCCUGAGCUGAGACAUCUCGGCAUCAAUUCGUCCGAAGACCUCCCGGAAGAAUACCUGGCGUGGAUCAAAGACAACCCGAGGCUGCAGGAGACGCUGCGGCCUCGCGAAGGCCUCCCGCUGCUGCUGAGCCGCAGCCACGCGUACACGAGGGUGGCGACCGCCACGGCAACCGCGCUGGACAACCGCACGCACCUGGUGCUCUACCUGGGCACCAGAAACGGGUCGUUACACAAGGCGGUGCGUGUGGACGGGAAGACUCACAUCGUCUCACAGACCCAGCUCUUCGCUCACAACGAAUCCAUCCUCAGCAUCGUCGUGUCAGCCAGCACGGGCAUGCUGUACGUGGCGGCCUCCUCAGGCGUGGCCCAGCUGUCUCUGCACGGCUGUGCCAUGCACGGGGGCUGUGAGCGCUGCCUCCUGGCCCGAGACCCCUUCUGCGCCUGGGACACAUCGCGAUCCCUCUGCACGGCCGUGCGAGCAGGGGACUCCACACGGAGCCUGCUGCAGAACCUGACGCAUGAAGAUGCCCAGGCUUGUGGUGGAGCAGAGGAAGAAGUGACCCACCUGGAGCGGCAGACAGGAAACCCGUGCAACAGCUAUCACAAGGAGAUGUUGACCGGGUGGAUCUUUUUUGUCUUGUCCGCCUUGUCCGCCUUAGUCUUAGGGGUGCUGCUGUGCAGACAGCAGGCGUGUUUUGAGUGCGUUAAGUACGAUCGCGCAAAGGCGAUGAAGACAGUCCCUGACGGUGACUCCAAAUGCACGGCGCCGAAUGGGAACCGAUACGUCCUGAGUAAGAAUACGGCGGCCGAGCUGAGCAAACCUUAGCCCGCGCCCAGUAUCCGCCUCCGUCUCUCAUCCGUGUGAAGAGGAGGCUUGAGCUGGUCGAGAAGGGUUUUUAUUCUCAACGCCAGCUCACACUUCCACUCGUCAUCCAAAGCCAACCCCAACCUCUCCAACUCAGUCUCCUUUAUAUUCUUGGGUCUUUCCGUAAAGUCACGUGGAUAGUUUAGAAGAAAAAAAAACAAAAUAAUAC